AUGGAAGAAGUGGCAGUGGUGGAGAACAAACAAGUGAUUCUAAAGCAGUACGUAGAUGGCAUUCCUAAAGAAACAGACAUGGAUGUGAAGCUCGGAGAUAAAAUUAAGCUAAAGGCACCAAAAGGAUCUUCAUGUAUCCUCGUUAAAAACCUCUACUUGUCUUGUGAUCCUUACAUGAGAGGUCGUAUGCGAGACUUUCACGGCUCCUACCUCCCUCCUUUUGUUCCUGGUCAACGUAUCGAAGGUUUCGGCUUAGCAAAAGUGAUAGAUUCAGACGACGCUAACUAUAAACCCGACGACAUAAUCUCGGGCAUCACUGGUUGGGAAGAAUACAGUUUACUUCGUAGCUCAAAUGAGCAGCUGCAGUUGAGAAAGGUUCAAUUAGACGACGACGACGACAUUCCACUCUCUUAUCAUCUUGGACUUCUUGGGAUGGCUGGAUUUACAGCGUAUGCAGGGUUUAACGAGAUUUGUUCUCCAAAGAAAGCUGAGAGUGUUUUUGUCUCUGCUGCUUCAGGAGCUGUAGGACAACUUGUUGGUCAGCUAGCUAAGUUGCAUGGCUGCUACGUUGUUGGCAGCGCCGGUACUAAACAAAAGGUUGAUCUUCUUAAAAGCAAGCUUGGUUUUGAUGAAGCUUUUAACUAUAAAGAAGAAGCUGAUCUUGAUGCUGCUUUAAAGAGGUAUUUCCCUGAAGGGAUCAAUAUCUACUUCGACAAUGUUGGUGGAACCAUGCUUGAUGCAGUGCUUCUCAACAUGAAAGUUCGUGGAAGAAUCGCGCUCUGCGGGAUGGUGUCUUUGCAGAGCCUCUCGAGCUCAUCGUCGUCAUCACAAGGAAUCAACAACUUGUACAACGCGAUCCCGAAACGCGUAAGGUUAGAAGGGUUCUUGCAGAGCGAUUACCUCCAUGUGUUCCCACAGUUUCUUGAACAUGUGAAAGGAUAUUAUAAAGAAAAGAAGAUUGUGUAUGUCGAAGAUAUGUGUGAAGGUCUAGAGCAAGCUCCAGGAGCACUUGUCGGGUUGUUUUCCGGGAAGAAUAUUGGUAAACAGAUCGUUCAGGUUGCUGAAGAGUGA